AUGGCGUUUCAGCAGAGGCCUACGUAUGAGAGGCCUGAGGCGUUUAGACCGUCUUGUACGCAUACGACCAUGACCCGGGUCUACGAGAAAGAUUCAGUGUGCUGCUCGUGUCGUCAGCGUGGCCAGUUUGGCUGGCUGUAUCGAUGUACGCAGGAUAUCGAACAGAUCAUUGAUAUUGGACCUCCAGAAUUGGAUGCCUCAAAUCCCGACUCGAUAAAUGCCAUGGGGACCCGAAAGGGUGACAGAUUGAGCUCUGGCGACAUGACUGUCGAGGAGAUGGCCAAGUACACACCCGAACAUGUUGAGAUCAUCUCUAGACAGCGGGAAGAGGUCAAGAACAUGAUUGCCAGGGAGAAAUUCAAAAGAAGCAGCAACGCCCUCUUCAACACCACUCGCCCACCUCCUGGCUUCGAGUCCUAUACGAACGAUAGCAUAUACGCAGGACAGUGGAGCUGCGGCGAACCGCAAAUCUGCCAGUACAGAGUGUGUCCGUGGUGCCGGCCCGCGGUCGCCGAUCGAGCCUUUCUCGUCAUGGAUGCCAUUGCAGAUGGUCAACUACCUCUGACAGCAGCCAUUGGGUUUGGCUUUGAGGAGAUUGGGGGCAAGCCUGUCGUCUCCUCCGAGGUCGUGAAGCGUAUGGGCCAGAGGGGCCCACCGCAGAGGCGUUUCACUCCACCUGAGAGUCUUACAGAUGAUGAUGCUUUCAUAAAUGAGUACCUGCUGCUCAUGCUCGAUAAUAAGGUCGCUAGUUGCCGUGAGAAGUCACAGCGACCUCAACGCCGGACAAAAGACGAUCUGUAUACUCUCGAGCCGUCAAGAAAUUUCCAAGCCGUCAAGAGUGACUCGGAUAGAAUGAAGGCCCUGAGUAAUGUACACCGGCGUCAAUCACCCAAGUCCACUUUGGCUUCUGAACAGACCUACCUUGAGCUCCUCCCCAGCAUGGAGGAGAUGCCUACACCUUCUCGAGAAAGUGACCUAAAUGAGAGUCCGGCACGACCUGCGAUAGAGUUGAAUCGACGUGAAUUUAGACGAGCUCGCAGGUUGGGACAGACGAGGGGCGAGCCACGAGAUGCCAGCGAAAGCUCUUCCCUAUUUCACACCAACGACUCGUGGGAUACUGAUGAUCUACUAAUUGGGUUAGACGACGACGCACGCGAGUUCACGCCUGCGCCGUUGAGGGUGGAUCGUGGUGUGGGUGUCACGGAGGAGAGUGUCGAGACUGGAGUGCCUGAUGUGGUGACUCAGAUGUAA